AUGGCCAUGCGCGCGCAACAGCUCCGCAACUUCCCAUCGCGGCUUUUCCAAAGCGUCAGUCUCUCAAAGCAAUGCACUCGACCAUUGCACGGCAAGACUCCCCUCGCCGUUCCCUCGCCAACCCCAUUCGUUCCCAAUGUUCAGACCUUCCUCACAUUGAUCGGCCGGGAAAUGUCGAAGCAUGCCAGCAAGAUCCCCACAUGGGAUUCACUUUUCACUCUGAGCUCCGACCAACUCCGAGAAGCGGGCGUUGAGCCCGCCCGCUCGCGAAGAUACUUGAUGCGGAAGCGCGAGAAGUUCCGUAGUGGAUUGUACGGACCCGGCGGCGAUCUGGAACAAGUGGUUGAUGGAGUCGCUCAAUUGCGAGUGGUGGAAAUCCCAUCAACACAGGAAGAAGGGUCGACAUCUGCUACAUCUUCUUCCGCUACUUUGACACCUGGUAUGAAGAAGACCAUUGUCAACAUGCUGCCUGGUGUUACAGAAUACACACACAUCCCUUCUGCUCAGCUGAAGAAGUUCGCCCACAUGAAGAUCCACCGCGGGUCUAAGAUCAUGGGUCCUUUCCUUCAGCCCGUGAAGGGAAGCCAUGGUACAGCUGCUACCAUCUCAGUUCAAGAGGGUAUGUGGGAGGAUAAGCGAGGACAGAAGGUUGAUGGUGGUGAACGACGCCGGGUGGAGGUUCGGGCCAAGAGACGGUUGGAGGAGAGGAGGAAAGCGUAA